CGUUCGGGCGGUUGGCGGUUGGGGAUUCAUUAGGCUGCCGGGGCGCGGCCCGAGCGACCUUUAAAUUCUCGGGCCUCCAGGCUGGCGGGUGCGACGCUUACCUGCAGGUCUGCGCCGAGCCUGGCCAGGGGCGUUCGCGUCCGGCGGGAGAUGCUGUUGCUAGAUCGCACCCCGGAGGUGGAGGGUCUCAGGCCUUUGCUGGAGUCGGGGGCUUCGGUCAACGCGCCCCCGGAUCCCUACGAGCAGUCGCCCGUCCACUUGGCCGCGGGCGGCGGGCUCGCUGGCUUUCUCCUCCGGCAGCUGCAAGCGGGCGCUGACCUCAACCAACAGGAUGUUUGGGGAGAAGCACCUCUUCACAAGGCAGCCAAAGCGGGGAGCCUGGAGUGUCUUAGCCUGCUUAUUGCCAGUGACGCCCAAAUUGAUUUAUGUAAUAAGAAUGGGCAAACAGCAGAAGAUCUUGCUUGGUCAUGUGGAUUUCCAGAAUGUGCCAAGUUUCUCACAAUGAUUAAAUGUAUGCAGACAGUAAAAUCAAAUGAACAAUCCAAUAGAGAUGACUGUGUCCCAUCACUUAAACAGAAACGAUGUAUUGGAAGUGUAGAAAAUACAAAUGUGAAACGGAAGUGUUGAUAUUCUGUGGAUUUUGAAGAAGUUAGAAGAAGUGAUUCAUUGCAUGCAAGCAAUGGCCUUUGGCUUAUCAUAUACAUCUAACUCCUUCUGAGAAGGAAGAAAAUUUGCUUCCAAGUGAAGAGAACAUUUAAGAAAUACAUGUAUUUACAUGCCUGUAAUACUCUGACUUUCAAGUUAUUAAAAUGUG